AUGGCUACCGCGUCCUUCGUCACCUACCUCCAGAGGCCCGGGGAGCUGCCGGUGCCGGAGUUCCGGGCGCCGCCGCCGUCCCCGGUCACCGGCGUCCUCACGGGCAGCAGCUCGGGGUCGUCCGGGUACGGGGAGUGCCAGGAUGACGACGAGAUCGGCAGGUUCCUGCGCUGCUCCGCCAGGGUCCCCGUGCUGCGGCUGCCGGAGAGGCCCGGCCCGCGGAGGAACAGGAAGAAGCCGGAGCCGGCGCCGCCCGUCAUCGACGUGCGCGUGCUGGACUCACCGUCGCCGGUGGCUGGAGGCGUGCCGGCGGCGGAGGCGCUGAGGUCGGCGGCCGUCGCGUUCGGCUGCUUCCAGGUGGUCGACCACGGGGUCGACGCGGGUUCGGUCUUGGCGGCGUUACGUGAUGCGACGGCGAGGGGAAGAUCGCCGGCGCCGGAGGAGGGUAGCGGAGGAGACGAGGAUAGCGAGGAGCUGUGGUGGCCGCCCGGCCAAGGAGACAGAGAAAUGGCGGGAAAUCGGCCGUUGCGAAAUGGUGCCAAGCAAAUCAGGAACGCAGCAGAUGACUUGUUCGCUCAGCUUGAGCAAGUUUCAACCAAGCUCCUGCACGCCUUGCAGCAAGGCAAGGAAGCCGCCGACGCCGCAGAACCAACAUUGGCGAAGGCUGACGCAAACGCCUCGCUUCUCUGCAUCCGCAAGCACCAACGCGACGGCAGCAGCGCGUCCGGUCCGGUCGGCCAAGAUGACGUCCUGCGGAUGCUGGUACGGAGCUCGCGGUGCUCGCGCGCCCUCGCCCUCCACCUCUGCCCCGGCGCGUCGGCGUUCCACGUCUUCUCCCGGAGAAGCUGGUCGAGGUUCCGGCCCCUCAACGGCGCCGUAGUGGUCACUGUCGGGGACCAACUCCAGGCAUGGAGCUGUGGGCUCUACAAGAGCGUGUCUGGGAAACCAGCUUACAGCAGCGGCGAUCUCCAAGAUGACGGUGCCGUCUCGGCAGAGUUCUUCCUUUCCUGCGCUUCGGUCGGCGCAGCAAAGGACGCCCUGAACGUGGGCGCCAGCAAGGUCUUCCCGCUGAAUCUGCAGAUCAUUGUAGCGGCUUGCCUUGUGCUGGUUUACCAUUUCUUCCUCUCAUGCUCCUAUGCGAUCUGGUAAUGUUCAGCAGCUGCAGGGCUUGUUUCCCCUGCCUGAACAUGCAAGUAACGGCACAACUUGUUUGCCACUGUUAGUCAGCCGAAAUGUCAGGAAAAAAAGUACCAACCAAAUUUGGCAUUGGUUGUCGAAAGGAAAGUGUUGCUCAUAUACCAAAGAUCUACUCUAAAUCACCAAAAGUGUUGCAAUCAGCACCCUACUGUUACUUUUAGAUGCGAGCAAGUUUCCAUACACUGGAUCCAAUAUCCAAAAAUCAACAGCCCUGACCCCAGAUGGUACCUAAUCAGACGUCUCAUCCAUAUAUGCAUGGUAACUAGUGCUACUCAACAACAUUGGACAAAAAUUGAAAGCAAUACAACAGGGAGCUGCAUCCAGGGUUCCAAAAUCCCCUUUUCAUGUUUCCAGUAACAAUAUAUGAAGCCCCAUUUUCCUUUAAAUAAUUCUAAGGGUCAGCUUCAAA